GAGGAGUUUAGGAUAGCCGUUAAAGGCGAGUCCAGUUGCCUCUGUGUCAGUGUGUUCAUUGAGUGUUAGUGGACUGAGGCGUCACUUUGGCUUUUAUUUGAUACGGAUUUUGCCGUGAAACAGCCACCACAUCUUCAUCCAAAUGGCUGAUCAACUUACAGAGGAGCAAAUUGCCGAGUUCAAGGAGGCGUUCUCGCUCUUUGACAAAGAUGGAGACGGUACCAUCACCACCAAAGAGCUGGGCACAGUCAUGCGCUCUCUGGGCCAGAACCCCACAGAGGCCGAGCUGCAGGACAUGAUCAAUGAGGUGGAUGCUGAUGGUAAUGGAACGAUAGACUUCCCAGAGUUUCUGACCAUGAUGGCCCGGAAGAUGAAGGACACAGACAGCGAGGAGGAGAUCAGAGAAGCAUUCCGCGUCUUUGACAAGGAUGGUAAUGGAUACAUCAGUGCUGCUGAGCUGCGCCAUGUGAUGACAAACCUGGGGGAGAAGUUGACUGACGAGGAGGUGGACGAGAUGAUCAGAGAAGCAGACAUUGACGGAGACGGACAGGUCAACUAUGAAGAAUUCGUACAAAUGAUGACGGCGAAGUGAAGGCCUUGUACAGAUUUCGUAUAUAAAUAAUUUGCCUUUUUUUCUUUGUGUAAUUUAUCUGUAAAAUCUUAAUAGCCCCCUUCGUCCCGCCCCCUCUGCUGUCCAAAGGAACUGCAUGUAAACUGCAUAGGCUCUUGUCCCCAUGUCCCUUUCUUUUGCUGUCAUGGUGUUUUGGAGUGACAGAACGGUCAUACAACCAGAAGCCUGCGGAGGCCCCUGGGAGCCGGAGAACUUCGAAUCUUCCCGUCUUGUGUGCUCGGGGCCCCUCCACGCAUGGCGACAUUGGAAACCUGUCAGCUGGUUGUCACUUGGCAACACUGUUGGCAUGGAAACAAUGUAGAGGAGUUUAAACUCUGCAUGGACUAUGGACAAAGUAUAUAUGGAAAUCUCUCAGCAUUGCACUACUGCAAAAAAAUGACACGGGUGUAUCUCCUAGGUACUCGUACAAACUCUUUUUGUAUCUGCUGUUCUAUAUCAGAAAACGACUAAUCUUACCAUGCUUUUUAAUGUUUUACUCACUUUUACUUUUCUUUCUUUUCUCUUUUUUCUUUUUUUUAAUGACCACUGGUCAUGCCUCAAAUAAUCCAUUCCAAGUUGUAUAUUUUUGUUUUCCAAUAAAAUUUACAAUCUACCCGGAUUUGAAAAUUGUCUUGUUUUCUCAGUUCUAAUGGAUCCUUGAGUUUGUAUGCCCUGUAAUAAUUCCCAUUUUUGUAUUGAGGACAGGAUGCUCCAUUUUUGAUAGGAUCUUUUUUUUCUCUCUUCUUUUUCUUGUUGCUUAGAAUACACAUGAAAUGUUUACCAUUUGAAAUAAAGUGUCCCCUGUUAUUUCCCCAAAGCACUGAGGAGCAUCAGCCAAUGCCUCUUAAUGUUCAGAUAAGCUCAGAUCGAAUCUGUAUUGUCAUUGAAAUAAAAGCACCGAGUGGGAUCAAAGGCUUCUAUUUUAAAGUGCACACGAUGGUCCUCGACUUUAAUUAGCCUUGUUCUGUCCAGCUCCCCCCACUGACUGCACGGGCCGCGUGUUGUCUGCUGCUGAUGGCACCAUUUAGAAGCUGCCUCAUGUCUUAUUUGGCGUUGAUGCGGUGCAGGAGAUUGAGCGUACAUCAGAAACAUGGUGUAAAUAGAGGUGUACCUGUUCUGUUUUUUUGUUAAUUUCUGAUUAUUGAGUUUGUUACAGUAGCUUGCAGAGAUACUAAGUUUGUUAUUUUGAUGAAUGACAAAAAUAAAGCUCUAUUGUGGACCUCUGA